AGUGUUCGUGAUGCAUCGCAGAUGGUGGUGCUUGGUUUUGCGCAGCCCUCGUGUAGUAAUAUGUACAGUCCUUCUAGUUUCGCUUGUAGCAUUGUCUGUCUAUAUGAUUAGAGAAGACAACGUGAGAGAGAGCGAGAAAACGCCGAAGAGAGUAUUGAGUAACAAUGAGCAGCAACUGGAAGCAAAGAAAACUAAUCAGGACGCUAAGCACGUUGUGGAAUUGGAGAAAGGAAAGAUAAGCUUGCUUUCAGAUGACUCGAAAGCAAGAGAACAAGCUCACAUGGCCAAACAACAUGACAGAUCUCGAGAGAGGGAAGACGUCAGUAGAGAAAGGGAAGAUGUCAGUAGAGAGAAAAACAACGUUCAUGCUGCCAAGCCAGAGACUAAGACAGAAAAUCGCGGUUCUGUUAUUAACAUCUACUUUGCUCUGACGUCGGUCAAUUUUAAUAGAAAUGAGUUGUUCAGUCGAUUUUGUAAGUCGCUGUUGAGACACACACGAUCUCAUCUUCGUAUUCAUGCUGUUGUAGACAAGAGUGGUCAAAAUGCUGUUAGACAGUCCAUUCCAACUGGUACAACAGAGUGGGGAUCUACAACUGAUGUCCAGCUCUAUAACGUUGACGAUGUUUCAAAGCAGGCAGCACCACUUAUUGAAUCUCUACGUGAUCAUUUCAGUGCUGGGCAACGGUCCUACUACCAUGACUCCAUCUUUUUCUUACCAGUUGCUUUGCAUCAUGUUCUUUCUGAUUCCAUCAAGAAAAUCAUUGUUCUUGAUACCGACAUGGAAUUUCGAGCAGAUAUUGCGUCUCUCUAUGCAUUGUUUGAGCAAUUCACUCCUUCAAACAUAAUGGGUUUAGCCCACGAGCAACAACCUGUAUACCGACAUGUGUUCUAUAUGCAUCGUCAGGACAACCCAGGUACAUUAGUAGGAGCUCCACCACCUAAUGGUCUGACUGGCUUUAACAGUGGUUGUGUUCUGAUGGAUCUGGAUAAAAUGCGUCAGUCUGAUCUCUAUAAACAGGCCAUACAAGGGGCCAUGGUAAAGUCUUUGGCUGAAAAGUAUCAGUUCAAAGGGCAUCUUGGAGAUCAGGAUUUCUAUUCAUUGCUAAGUCUAGACCAUUCAGAAAUAUUCUAUGUUCUUUCAUGCACGUGGAAUCGGCAGCUAUGUGUUUGGUGGAGGGAUCAUGGAUACAAAAAUGUAUUUGAUGAAUACCAUAACUGUACAGGAAACGUGAGCCUUUAUCAUGGUAACUGUAACACUCCUAUACCACCAGAGAAUGGGUGAUGAUUCUAACGUACUACACAAAAGUGUAAAACAAAUAAUUUAAUCCAGGAGAUAUGUUUAAUAAACUUUCAGUG